CGCCAUUUUGGCUCAAACAAAGUAAGAAACAUUUUAUCCCGGAUAAACUGUUUUAAAUUGUCUCCAUAAAAUACAGUGUAAACAUCUGCAAGACUGCUCUCCGGUUUCCACGAGUGAAUGUUUAAUGCAAACGUAACUUUUUCUUGUUUUUACUAGGCGUAAGUAGUUAUCUAAAAGUAAUGAUUAAAUUCCCCAGCUGAGCUCCACUGCCAGCCAAGCUAACUUAACGUCAGCUAAAUUUAGCUUUGCUGUUUGUUUUAACUGCUGCAAUGGGCGGCUGCUCCGCUCCAAACUGCUCCAAUUCCACCAGCAUAGGCAAACAACUGUUUAGAUUCCCCAAAGACCCUGUCCGAAAGAAGAAGUGGGUGGUGAACUGUCGUCGCGACUUUGAACCAACUCCUCACUCCAGACUCUGUCAGGAUCAUUUUGAGCAGAGCCAGUUUGAGGAGAUCGCCAGGUCUCCAGCCGGGGGCAAGAAGCUGAAGCCCAAUGCCAUCCCUACUCUGUUCAGUGUUGGCGACCCCCCUUAUCCUGCAGUCACCAACCCAUACAUUCUGCUGCCCCUGAAACCUGAACCAGUGGAGAAGGAGUUGAAUUUUGGUGAUCAUGGCUAUGCCAGACGCACCCCUCUGCCUGGCAUGGAAGAGGAUGAUGGAGACAGGACAGGUGAGGACCACCCGCCCUGCACACAGUGUCAGCUCCUCAAGAAACAGUUGGAGCAGGAGAUGCAGCACACUGCAAGGCUACAGAAGGAGGCUGAGGAGAUGAAGAAACGUCUUUAUCGCCUGGACCGGAUCGAGAAGGGCCUCCAGAACUUUCUGUACGAGGACCAGAUUCGUGCUCUGUCCCUCACCAAGCGCUCCCGUCGGGCCGUCUGGUCUCCAGAGACCAUCCUGAAGGCCCGGAAGAUCCGCUGUGCAGUUGGCACCAAAGGCUACGAGUACUUGAGAGAGCUGGGAUACCCGUUACCCUCAUACAGGACUCUGUGUAACCGCCUGGAGACUAAGAUCAUGGUGACAACUGACAUGAGCUGCGAGGAGCUGGCAGAGCUGGGACUCGGGCUCAUGGCCACCUGUGACAGUCCCACAGAAGGUGUUGGGGACAAUGAUGAGGAAGAACUGAUAGGUGUUUUGUCCUGAUCCUGGCAGUUUACCUGAUCUCUACCUGAUUACCUGACCUCUGUUGACUCUAACCAAAGGAAGAAUGUGCAGAAUUUGCUGUUAAACAUCAGUAGUUUCGAUGUCAGGGAAAAGAAGAGCAGCACGUUACGCUUAAGACUUAAGCAUCAGUAUAUAUGUAUGCUUCUCUUGACAGAGAUCGUCAGUUCACGGGUUUUAAAUGUCACCUGGUUGUGCUUGUGAUCUGCACCACUAAGACACAGCUUUGCUUUGUGAGAUGCUGGUGCUUGCAGCUAGCCUAGGUUUAUGCUUAUGGGGUUCCUUACCAUAAAGAUGCUGAGCUACAGUAUAAGUUUGAACAUGUGACGAGACAUACCAUGUAGUCUGACAAAGCAGACUACCACUGAGAGCCUGAGAUUGUUCAUCAAGUGUAGACAUAAUUUGCACAAAGCCUGUUGAAUUUAAUAUUCAGAUGUCCAACACAUGAGUGGGACAUUGAAUGAGUGUUUGAUUGACUGUGUUUGCAUACACAAUAAAACCCUGGUUGCAUUCAGUAGACUCGGAUGUCCUGGGUGAGGAUAUGAGUAUUCUGAUGUUAUGAGGAUUAGCUUUUAUGCAAGCUUUAUUUUUUUGGGGAGAUUUCACUCAGUGUUUAUCUGUUGACGGUGUGUGUAAAUCAGUAGCACAGACCUGGGAUUAAAGUGGGUGUCUGGGAUUCUGUUUGCAUUUAAACAUAAUCAGUGGCUCCUCUAUUACAAAUCCUUCAAAUGCUGUCAGCAAAGUUAGAGUUAUGGUUGAGUCAUAUGUAGCCCAUUUUCAGAAGGCUCUUAAAUCUUCUGCUAUUAGAGAGCACACUGUUCGAGCAGUGUUCAGUCAAGGAAAUGAAAGUAAAUCAUCCACUAAAUAACCAGUGUAAUUCUACACUAGAUAGAUUAAGCAUUUCACUUUGUAUUGAAGUGUUCACAUUUGCAGUGCAUUGGUAGUUACUGGGAAGAGUAUCAAAGAAGCUCAGGCUAAUCACAGUUAAACACAUAACAUUCAGUGUCCAAAACACUCUCACUGUGAGAAAAUAAAGUCACCAUAAA